CAGGGUUUGGCGGAAGUGGUGUGGGCGAGGUGAACCCGCAGUGCGGAGAAGCGGCGCAGCGCGGUGGAGGGGAUGGCAGCAAUGACACGCUUCGCUCUGAUGAUUGUCCGACAUGGACAAACAAGAUUAAACAAGGAGAAAGUAAUUCAAGGACAAGGGGUAGAUGAGCCUCUUUCAGAAACUGGAUUUAAACAAGCAGCUGCUGCUGGUGUUUUUCUAAAUAAUGUGGAGUUCACUCAUGUUUUCUCCAGUGAUCUCAUUAGGACAAAGCAGACUGUGCAUGGGAUUUUGGAGAAGAGCAAAUUUUGCCAAGAUAUGACAGUAAAGUAUGAUUCAAGACUUCGAGAAAGAAAAUACGGGGUUGCAGAAGGCAGGGGGCUGAGUGAGCUAAGGGCAAUGGCUAAAGCAGCUGGGGAAGAAAUACCUGGGUACACACCACCUGGAGGAGAGACCUUAGACCAGGUGAAGAUGCGUGGAAUAGAGUUUUUUGAAUUUCUUUGUCAACUGAUCUUGAAGGAAGCAGGUCAAAAAGAACCAAUUUCCUCAAAAACUUCAAGCACCAAUUUGGAAACUUCUUUGGCAGAGAUAUUCCCUUUAGAAAAAAACUGUGCCUCCAAAUUUAAUUCAGACAGCAGCGCUCCAGAAUUAGUAGCCAGUGUCUUAGUUGUGAGUCAUGGUGCCUACAUGAGAAGCCUGUUCAAUUAUUUUCUGACUGACCUUAAGUGUUCCUUACCAGCAACUCUGAGCACAUCUGAACUUACAUCAGUCAGUCCCAACACAGGGAUUAGUCUCUUCAUUAUAAACUUUGAGGAAGGAAGAGAAGUUAAACCAACAAUUCAGUGCGUUUGCAUGAACCUACAGGAUCAUCUAAAUGGAGUGACUGAAACUUGCUAAAAAUCUGUUUUGAGCCUCUGAGGGAGGCAGUGCCUUUGACUUUAUUUAUUUUCAUCCUCUGCUAUUGCUGAUUCGGAAACAGUUAAAAAGCUUUCUACUGUAACAGGUAUUAAAGCUUGAAUGGAAUCAUAGCCACAUAAAACACUAAUUGAAAACCAUUUAGAAUUGACUUUUUGUCUGAGUGCAGCUGACAUUUUCCAGAGUAUUUGUACCACUCUGCUUAGUUAUAUCUCUGGAUUGUAAAUGGGUGAAGGAACUCAGUAUUGCAAAUUGGGGGAUUAAUAACCUGAUUAUGUUUUUUUUCUUUUGAUAUUUUUCUUUAAUGUCUGAAAAAUCUAGCUUAUUUUAUUGGCUCUUGAUAAGAUACUGUAUGUUUUGUGCUAUUCCAUCCAGUGCUUGGAAAAAGGAACUAUUUAUAAUUUCCACUGAAUAUUUAUAGUGUUAAUAUGGUAUAUUUUUAAAGUCCUUUAAAUGAAAAGUGCUUACCAUUGUAAGUUUAUAUAAAGCAAAAUGACACAAAUUUUUAAUACAGAAAUCAGCUAUUGGAAUUGUUCACUCUAGAAGGUUUGAUAUGUGAAUAAAUGAAAAUUAGGGUACAGAAUGAUCUGGUGAGGAGGAAGUUAAAGCGUCACUUGAUUUGAAAACAUUGAAGAAGGAAUCUGAGCAGGAAAGAUUAGAUAAGAAAGAAUCUUUCUGUAGGCUGAAGGGUUUAGUGUGGGGACAGCUCCAAAGAAACUAAACAGGUACCAGUGUACUGCACAGAGACCUCAGAAUAAAAGUAUGUGCUUCACUCAAGAAAAAUGGCACUCUGAUAACUGCAGAUGUGAGAUUUGUGGAAGGCACAGAUGAGGUUGCCUCUUUUUCCCACCAGAUGGCAGUGGUGAAAGGGAUUUGGGUUAACUUAAUUUUGUACGUAUGAUUAGGCCCUUAAAAAUCCUGCCUAAAUGAAGACGUGUUUUACAUGUAGUUGCUUUUCAGUUGUCAUGUUGAUGAAUGUUCUGAGUCUCAACUUCUAAAAGAAUUAACACUAAAUUGUGUCAGUUAAGGCUAAAACCAUGUCUAGUCAAUAUUUACUUUGAACAUCAUUGAAGCCAUGGGUGCAGGGUGGCAUUCUGCUGUUCGUGUGUCCAGCACCAGCCGCUUUCCUGCCGGUAUUUGAACAGAGCAUGUGGUUGAGCACCAGGGAAGUACACUGCAAAUGAAAAUUGGACAAAACAACUGAAGGACAAAUAAUUAUAAUAAUAUAUGCAUUCCCAUCAUCCAGAAAUAAUAUCCCCCCUUUUUAGGACAUAACUAGUUGUGAUAUAAGUCAGGGUCCUUACCCAGUCCCUGCAGUCCUGCGCCCUCUUGCGCUCUGCAGCGGUGCCUGCCGCAGCCAGUCUGCAUGCAUGUCCAUCCAUUCUUCACACUUCCACCUGGUGUCAUAAGGCCACAGUAUUAUUUUGGUGUCUUAAAAAUAUACAUAAAUAUCUACAAGCUGUCUGUAUUCUUUAUUUUUACUUAUUUUAUCUUGGGGCUUUUAUGUUGAUUUGUAUACAUCUAUUUAAUACCACUCCUGUUGAAUAAAUAUGGCAUUUUUGUGUAUUCUCCUCUA